UCUUUAGGUUCAACUCCACAGAAAACAAAAGUUGAUCCAAAAAUAUAUCAAUACAAAAAAUGGAGGUUCCGACGAAACCAGAGGAGAUCAUAUUCCGAUCAAAGCUCCCCGACAUCUACAUCCCAAAGCACCUCCCCUUGCACUCGUACUGCUUCGAGAACAUCUCCAAAUUCAGCACCCGCCCGUGCCUCAUCAACGGAGCCACGGGCGACGUGUACACGUACGAGGAGGUGGAGCUGAGCGCGCGAAAGGUCGCGUCGGGCCUCAGCCAGCUGGGCAUCCAGCAGGGCGAGACCAUCAUGCUCCUCCUCCCCAACACGCCCGAGUACGUCUUCGCCUUCCUCGGCGCGUCCUACAUCGGGGCCGUGUCCACCAUGGCCAACCCCUUCUUCACCCCGGCCGAGGUCAUCAAGCAGGCCCGGGCCUCCCAGGCCAAGCUGGUCAUCACCCUGGCUUGCUACGUCGACAAGGUGCGCGACUACGCGGCCUCGGCCGGGAUCAAGGUCAUGUGCGCGGACGCGGCCCCGGAGGGCUGCCUGAGCUUCUCCCAGCUGACGUCCGCGGACGAGCGGGAGAUGCCGGCGGUGAAGAUCCACCCGGAGGACGCGGUGGCGCUGCCGUACUCGUCCGGGACCACGGGGCUGCCGAAGGGGGUCAUGCUGACGCACAAGGGGCUCGUGACGAGCGUGGCGCAGCAGGUGGACGGGGAGAAUCCGAACCUGUACGUGCAUAGCGAGGAUGUGAUGCUGUGCGUGCUGCCGCUGUUUCAUAUAUACUCGCUGAAUUCGGUAUUGCUGUGCGGGUUGCGGGUCGGGGCGGCGAUUUUGCUCAUGCAGAAGUUCGAUAUUGUGCCGUUUUUGGAGCUUAUUCAGAAGUAUAAAGUGACGAUUGGGCCCGUGGUGCCGCCGAUAGUCCUGGCGAUAGCCAAGAGCCCGCUCGUGGCCAAAUACGACGUUUCGUCUGUGAGGAUGGUCAUGUCCGGCGCCGCUCCGCUCGGGAAGGAGCUUGAGGAUUCUGUUAGGACUAAGUUUCCUAAUGCACAACUUGGACAGGGGUAUGGGAUGACUGAAGCAGGGCCAGUGCUAUCAAUGUGCCUAGCUUUUGCAAAGGAGCCAUUUGAGAUCAAAUCAGGGGCAUGUGGAACUGUUGUCAGAAAUGCUGAAAUGAAAAUCGUUGAUCCUGAAACUGGUGUUUCUCUUGGCCGUAAUCAAUCUGGAGAAAUUUGCAUUAGAGGAGACCAGAUUAUGAAAGGUUAUCUGAACGAUCCGGAGUCGACAAAGAGCACCAUAGACCAAGACGGGUGGCUGCACACGGGUGACAUCGGAUUCAUUGAUGCAGAUGACGAGCUCUUCAUCGUUGAUCGGUUGAAGGAAAUCAUAAAAUACAAAGGGUUCCAAGUUGCCCCAGCUGAAAUCGAAGCCCUUCUUCUCAAUAAUCCAUUUAUCUCCGACGCUGCAGUUGUCUCAAUGCAAGAUGAGCAAGCUGGAGAAGUCCCAGUUGCUUUUGUUGUGAGAUCGAAUGGUUCUACUAUCACUGAGGAUGAAAUCAAGCAGUUUGUUUCGAAACAGGUUAUUUUCUACAAGAGAAUAUAUCGUGUGUUUUUUGUUGAUGCAAUUCCCAAGUCUCCAUCAGGGAAAAUAUUGAGAAAGGAUUUGAGAGCAAGAUUAGCAGCUGCAGUCUAAUAAUAUCGAUGAAAAAGGAACUUAACUCGUCAUAUAAAUUGUAUCAGACUUUUUUUUUCUUUGGUUCACACAAUAUGGAAACUAAAGAACAAUAUUACUUGUAUAUUAGUGUGGAAUGUGGAUGUUGAGGUCUAAAUAUGGUUGUGGGGAAAAAGAUGAUGGCAGUGCAAUAAUAGGGGCCAUAUAUAUAGUAGUCUUUCUUUAUUGCUUUUUCUCCUCUUUGAAGUUUGAUUGUAACUUUCUUAUUGAAGUCCAACAUUAAUUUCUUAUUA